AUGAAGAGACCAGCUUCCGCGGAGCAACUCACCCCAAAGAGACGCCGCAAGUCGCGAGGUUACGGCACCGCCUCGCCUUCGUCGCGCCAGGGCCCGCCCGUGCCCGGCAUCUCAAUGAAUGAAGCCAAGGCAUCCUCGCAGACUUUGCAAAAGGCGCUCCAGAGCCACAAGAUGAAGCCUAGCGGAGUACCCUCCCUUAUCACGAACGCCAAGGCACUGGAGUCGGACGCUCCGGUGCUUGCGACGCCGCCGGCCACCAGUCCUACAGAGAACCUGAAAAGCGUCAUCCAGAAGAUUCCUGCCUCCUCGGAUUUAGUCGACAUGGACAUGAGCACCGGUGAUGCUCCGGACGUGGCCAUCUGCGAAGUGAUGACUGCGGCGAUGCUCGAUGCCAUGCUAGGGGUGGAGUGGGAGAAAGAAGAGCACAAAGGAGUAGGCGACGAUGCAGAGCCUGCUUUAGAAAAGAAUGCAGAGCCUGCUUCGGAAAAGAAUGCAGAGCCUGCUUCGGAAAAGAAUGCAGAAAGCGACGGAACCCUGGCACAGGCACUUAGCCACGAUAGCGUGCCAGGAAAUAGCCAAAAGCCAGAGACGGGACUCGACGACGCUGGGAACAAGGACGUCGAAAUCAUUACAGCACCGCGUCAGGGUAGCGGCUCAUCCCCGGAAGAUGCCAUGAUCGUCGACUCCAGUCCUUGCAAGCAGCUCAAGCACGAGCACCAGCUCAGCCAGCUCGUCGCCGACGCCGACACCGGCGGCAGCCACUCCUGCACCACGCCCGGCACCGUCGUGACCACGGAGUGGCUCCUUGAGAAGCUCAACACCCUCACCCCGUCCACGCUCUCUUCAGACCUCGCCGCCAUCAUCCAGGAGCUGCGCGACCUGGAAGCCGGUCUCGCGCGGCUCCCCCGUACGACCCUCGACCACCCGCCGGUGCACCUCCGUCGCAACGGCCCGGCCGAGCGCCUGAAGCUGGUCGAAAAGCUCAUCGGACCGCAGUUAUCGCAGAUUCCCGCUCGCACCUGGCGUACCUACAAGUUGAAGCUGUUGCGGCUAUGUAAAAGCCCCGCCGUGCACAACAUGGAUUUCAGGCAGCGGCUGGAUAUGGUCAAGGAGGUCGUGUACCUGCCCGAGGAGGUGGAGCUGCUGCGGCGCGGAAAUGCAGAGAGGAUGGGAUGGGCGGUGCGAGUGUGCGCGACGGUGACGGAGAUUUUGGGUCCUGAGGAGGAGCAGGUGCCCGAGGAGAUGCCAGCGUGGGUGGCGGCGCAGCUACAGGAAGUGGCGUGGAAGGCGAAAAUCACGACGGCAUGGCGCAAGUACUGGCCGGAACCGGAGGAGAUGGUGAUAGAUUGA